GCGAGCCGAUCACUGACUGCUGUGUUUUUGUAGGAGAUUUUAUAUGACAAAGGUUUUACAUCAAUGCGAGAGAUGUCUGUAAACAACACAAAAGGACCUUGUGAGGGAAACCUAAUCAAUCUAAAUUUUACGCACAGCUUUUUGCCGCCCGUCUUUAUCACCGUGUUCAUUGUCGGGACGGUGUCCAAUAUCUGUGGACUGAGAAGCGUAUGUGUGAGCUGGAAGAAAAACGGAAACAUCAACAUCUUCAUGUUCAAUCUCGGGGUGGCGGACCUGCUGUAUCUGUUUACCCUGCCGUUCCUCGUCUACUAUUACGCGCGUGAGAGUGACUGGCAGUUUGGCCAGCCUUUCUGCAAGGUGACGCGCUUCUGCUUCAACCUCAACCUUUAUGGCAGCAUCGGCUUCCUUACCUGCAUAAGCAUCUAUAGGUACCUGGGCAUUGUGCACCCGAUGAAAGUGAUGGGGAAAAUCACCAGUCGCCACUCUCUGGCCAUAAGCGCUCUGGUCUGGGUUUUGGUCAUUAUUCAAAUUACUCCUGAUAUAUUCUUUGACAAGAAUGAUGAAAAAAAACCAAACUCGUGUUUUGACACCACCUCAACCAACCUGACCAGAUACUACCUGCCAUACAGCAUCAGCUGGACGGUCACCGGGUUUGUCCUGCCUUUGGUCAUCAUUUUGGGCUGUUAUGGACACAUCGUGGUGGUUCUGGGAAAGAACGCCAAUGUCAACCCACUGCUGAAGCAGCGAUGUUUGAAACUGGUCGUGAUUCUGGUCAUACUUUUCUCCGUCUGUUUCAUUCCCUACCAUAUAUUUCGAAAUUUAAAUCUCACUACCAGGAUUUUGAAACAAGAUGGGCUUUGUCACCACCUCUUCGACGACAUCUACAUUGCACACCAGGUCGGCAGAUUCCUGGCUUGUCUAAACAGCGCGAUAAACCCGCUGAUUUAUAUAGUAGGAAAUGAUGAUUUCCUGACUAAGUUUCAAGACUUCAGUAAUCGGACCAGGAUGUCUCUUGCCGGACUCAAAAGCGCAAUUAUUUACCGCAAACCCAUAGAAGCGGACGUGGAUUUACCCGCAGACAUGUGCACCAGUUUCGACAAGAGGAGUGGAUAGGGCGCAGAAUCAGUUUACGCGAGUUGCUCGUCUAUACAUGUCACGCACCGCCAGCACUUCCACAGAUCCGUGAACAAAGUACGUGACUGCGACUGAUGAUUGUGCUUAAGGGAGGACUGGCGAGGGGUAGGUCACUGAGGUGUCAGUGCACAGAGAAAGUCAAGUGUCCGGAUGGUUCCCUGGAUGUUACCGAAAAGACUUAAAGCUGAAGCUCCAGCUCAUAUACCUCUAUUUUUGAACUGUUCCAAGUGUUAAGCAUUGUAACAACUUAUAUAUUUUUAUUUUCUGCGUAUUUAGUAA